AUGAAAUUUCAGUUUUUUAUUGUCAUUGCCUUGGUAGCAGCGACUCAGGCUGUACCUAUUCCUUACGGACUUAUUUCAACAGGAACUAGUCUACAAUAUAGAAAUCAAGAUCCUAUCGGCAAUUACAACUUUGGAUAUAAUGAAGGUCACGCUACAGGAGGCACCUUCAGAAGAGAAGCAGGUGAUAUUGCAGGAAAUAAAGUCGGUUCUUACGGAUUAGUAGAUGCCGACGGAAGAAGAAGAGUAGUCAACUACGUGGCUGACGGAGCUGGUUUCCGUGCCAACAUCCAAACCAACGAACCUGGAGUGGAUCCUGCCAAGGACCCCGCUGCCGUUGCGGUUAACAAAGGCUUAUUAGCUGCUCCAGCACUGAGUUAUGCUGCUCCGGCAUUAGGUUAUGCUGCUCCAUUAGCGACUACUGCACUUGGUUAUGCCCCAGCUCUGGGUUAUGCAGCUGCACCAUACUACGGUGCUUAUCUUUGUAAACUAACAAUGUAUUUAUCUCAGAUCCUCAUUGUCAUUGCCUUGGUAGCAGCGACUCAGGCUGUACCUAUUCCUUACGGACUUAUUUCAACAGGAACUAGUCUACAAUAUAGAAAUCAAGAUCCUAUCGGCAAUUACAACUUUGGAUAUAAUGAAGGUCACGCUACAGGAGGCACCUUCAGAAGAGAAGCAGGUGAUAUUGCAGGAAAUAAAGUCGGUUCUUACGGAUUAGUAGAUGCCGACGGAAGAAGAAGAGUAGUCAACUACGUGGCUGACGGAGCUGGUUUCCGUGCCAACAUCCAAACCAACGAACCUGGAGUGGAUCCUGCCAAGGACCCCGCUGCCGUUGCGGUUAACAAAGGCUUAUUAGCUGCUCCAGCACUGAGUUAUGCUGCUCCGGCAUUAGGUUAUGCUGCUCCAUUAGCGACUACUGCACUUGGUUAUGCCCCAGCUCUGGGUUAUGCAGCUGCACCAUACUACGGUGCUUAUCUUUGGUAAUAAUUGAAGAAUGUAUUAUAGUUUGAUUUGGUAAAUAAAGGUUUGGCGCAUUCGAUUCCAGUGUUUUCGCAUGACAAAAAAGCUAAUUAAGCC